UCCCAGAAUGCAACUUGGACCCAAUGAGCGAGUGAGACCAGAGUCCGACACAGACCCAGUCACACAGACCCAGUGAACCAGUGAACGAGUGAACGAGUGAACCAGUGAACCAGCGCCGCCGUCGCCAGUGAAAGCGGCAACAUGGCGACUUUCAGUAAAUAUGUAACCGCCAAAAACUCGUCCAUAGCAGGCGGCGCGUUGCUGCUCUUGUACCUUCUGAGACGCAGAAGACGCACGAACAGACGGGACGGUCGAAAAGGAGCAUCAGAUCUUGUGCUGAACACUGAGAAAGAUAGCAAGAAAGAUCGUGCAGCAGUGGACAAAGUUUUCUUCCUCAGAAUUCUCAAGAUUCUACGGAUCCUGGUACCUCGGUUUUUUUGCAAAGAGACAGGAUACCUUCUCCUUAUCGCUGCAAUGCUGGUGACCAGGACCUACUGUGACGUAUGGAUGAUCCAGAACGGCACCAUGAUUGAAAGUGGUAUAAUAAGCAGAGACAUCAAUUUAUUCAAGAAGCACUUUUACUCCUACAUCUCAGUCAUACCAGCGAUUGCCUUAGUGAACAACUUCCUGAAGUUGGGCUUAAAUGAGCUCAGGCUGAGGUUCCGUGAGAGGCUCACAAAGAACCUGUAUGACCAGUAUCUACAAGGUUACACCUACUACAAAAUGGGAAACCUGGAUAACCGGAUAGCCAAUGCAGACCAACUACUGACACAAGACGUGGAGAGGUUCUGCAACAGUGUGGUGGACCUUUAUUCCAAUCUCAGCAAGCCUCUUUUGGACAUCGGUCUUUACAUCUUCAAGCUGACAAGUGCCAUUGGUGCUCAGGGCCCAGCCGUCAUGAUGACCUACCUGCUGAUCUCAGGUCUGUUCCUGACCAGACUGAGGAGGCCGAUCGGCAAGAUGACGGUCACUGAGCAGCGCUACGAGGGAGAGUACCGCUACGUCAACUCCCGCCUCAUCACCAACAGUGAAGAGAUUGCCUUCUACAAUGGAAACCUGAGGGAAAAACAGACCAUCCACACCACUUUCAAAAAACUGGUGGACCAUUUACACAACUUCAUCUUCUUCCGAUUCUCUAUGGGAUUUGUGGACAGCAUGAUUGCCAAGUACUUUGCCACGGUUGUGGGCUACCUGGUGGUCAGCCGGCCUUUCCUCGACCUGGCCCACCCGCGACACCUGCACAGUACACAGUCUGAGCUGCUGGAGGACUACUACCAGAGUGGGAGGAUGCUUCUGAGAAUGUCUCAGGCCCUGGGCAGGAUUGUACUAGCUGGCCGAGAGAUGACCCGCUUGUCCGGAUUCACAGCUCGUAUUACUGAACUUAUGAAAGUCCUGAAAGAGCUGAACGGCGGCAAAUAUGAACGCACCAUGGUGUCCCAGCAGGACAGAGAAUCAGACGGUGCAGACAAAGUCGUACUGGUGCCAGGAAGUGGUCAAAUAAUCAAUAGAGACAAUAUCAUAAAAUUUGACCACACCCCACUAGCAACACCCAAUGGAGACGUCCUUAUCAAAGACCUCUCAUUUGAGGUGAGAUCAGGCACCAACGUUCUCGUGUGUGGACCAAACGGCUGUGGGAAGAGCUCUCUGUUCAGAGUGCUUGGAGAGCUGUGGCCUUUGUUUGGGGGACACCUGACCAAACCUGAGCGAGGGAAACUCUUCUAUGUUCCACAGAGACCCUACAUGACUCUGGGUUCUCUGCGGGACCAAGUCAUUUACCCUGAUACCUAUGAAGAUCAGAGGAGGAAAGGCAUCACUGACCAGGUGUUGAAGGAGUACCUUGACAAUGUCCAACUGGGACACAUCUUAGACAGGGAAGGCAGCUGGGACUCAGUCCAGGACUGGAUGGACGUCCUCAGUGGAGGAGAGAAGCAGAGGAUGGCUAUGGCCAGACUCUUCUACCAUAAGCCCCAGUUUGCCAUCUUGGAUGAGUGCACCAGUGCAGUGAGUGUGGAUGUGGAGGAUUAUAUCUACGGCCACUGCAGGACGGUGGGCAUCACAUUGUUCACAGUGUCUCACAGAAAGUCUCUGUGGAAGCACCAUGAGUAUUAUCUCCACAUGGACGGGAGAGGAAACUACGAGUUCAGACCCAUCACAGAGGAGACGGUGGAGUUUGGCUCGUAACCGCUGACGUUCACCACACUGCGCUGCUCGUACAAAACUGGUCCAUUAAUUUUUUUGCACUCAAUAUAGAAGUUAAAGUUAGAACUAAAACAUACUGUUUUUAGUGGUUUGUAACCCGUCAGCCUUGUUCAUUUUAAUGUAUCGCAUCAUUUUGACUAAAUUUGUUCCAUUUGAUUAUAAAACAUCUGUUUAUGUUGUGUUUUACAAACACUUUUUCUUAACUCUGCACACUGUUAACAAAUAAUGGUUAUUGUGCAGAAAGAAGGAAGUUAGCACAGUGGUGUCAUGUGCUAAACUGUGUUCUCCACAGAAAAUGAAUGAAGUUCAGAUGCAAAGCUGCAGAUGCUGAGCUGAGAGCGGCCCGGUCUGCAUAUCAUUCACAGACACGCCCCCUGCACCACGAACAGGCCUGAGACUCGCUCACAAUCUAUUUUAACUUCUCACUUCUUAUCAUGAAAUUGCAUAAUCUAGAUAUUUCAAGAAGAAUUAUGGUUUCAUCUUGAUUACAUUUUUACAAUGUCUUGUGGGUGAAGAUCGAGUUGACAUCUGAUAUCUCUAGGAAUAAAACUAAAGAGACAAGACCUUCCUCAGCUCACACCACAUGAUGAUUAAAAACAAAACAACAAUGCCAUUGGCUCCUGUAGUUCUCUGCAGACAAAUCAGAAAACUGAGUCUGUGAAACUGUGACUUGAGCAUGUCGGUGUCUCUUGACUGAACUGGCGUUUCUUUGUUUCUGUGUGAGGAAGAAGCAGCAGGGAUAAAUAAACUCCCGCCACACUGUAUGUUAAACGCUGUUGAUGUGAUGAAUGCUAUUGCCUUAAACAUUAAAGUGAUAGAUCAAAUUUUUACGACGUGUGGUGAUGAAGUCACCGCUGUCAUUCCUCAGCUCUCACUGACACAUGGCUGCUGCUGCUGCUGCUGCUGUUGAAACCAAAGCUCAUUUACAGCCAGUGAUUUUCUGAGGGGAAAUUGUCGUGAUGUAGUUCAACUGUAUGAAGACCAACCUAAAAACCACUAGGGCAGGAAGUUCCAGAGCAAAAAAAACCCCCAAAAACCGGUCCUAUUACCCAUGAUGCCCCGGUUCCAUCAAAGAAAAAUGCCGUUUUUGUGAGAACACAUGGGACAGUUGGGGUUGUUACUCUGAAGACAUCAAACUCAUUUUAUUUAAAUGAUGGAAAAUGUAUCUUAUUAUAAUCUGUUGAUUCAUUCCAUUUGUGUGAAACACUGUUUCUUGGGUGAUGGGAGUUGAUAAUGGUGAUGAGUGAUCUGUCAUGAACUCUAUGAAGCUGAGGAUUAUUGGUUCUGAAGUGCAAUAAUGAUGCGUUCUGUCGGUCGUCACUCAGCACGAUGACUCUGGAAAAUACCAAGAAGGAACCUUAACUGUAGCCAUUGUUUUAUAUGAACGCUAAUACAUUUGUGAUGACUUCAAAAAUAAAAGGGUCCGUGUGAGUGUGAGAUAAAGAUAAAA